AGUGUUUUAAUGCAGUCUACGUGUUAGGUGAUUGCGAGAACGUAGAUAGCUUUCAAACAACUCGGCAGCUGAACGUUCAUUCCUAACUUGCACCCGGCCAGCAAGCAGCUCAUGGGAGGCAGCGUAAACUUACUCCCUUCUCUCUGGCUCCAGUUCCACGGCUUCUUCUACUUUUACCGACCAAGCUAAAGUGUACCCAGCCUGCCCCAACUGAGCUGUCCUUGUUGUGACAGCGUUUUCCCCCUGUGCUUGCUGACACGCUGGGAGCUGAGUAAUUCCCCCACUUGUCUCCACGUCCUCCAGCGGCGGCUGCUAAAAGGCUACAAAUAAGACAACUCCAACUGGAAGGAAUGACAGAGCGCGCCUUCCUGACUUGGAGACAAGCCUGAUGCUUUGGGUAGAGUCGUGGCCGGUGUACUACACUUUGCCAGGUGCCAGCUAGCCCUGGAUUCCCGUCCUGUCCCUGCCAUGCCCUUCGGGGCGAUGUGUAUAAUCGUACCGAGCGUCCCUGUGCGCAUGAGUCGGACGGUGUUGUUGGAUGGAGCUGGCGUUGAAAAGGUGACAACCGCUGUCUACGGGGACGGGUUAACGCUCUCGCUGGCUGUGCAUGGCGGAGUAGGAGGGUGUGAGGAUUGAGCAGGAGAAACUGGUCGCCCGUGCAGACACUGUCAGAGGCUGCAUCGGUCAACAGUGAGCGACAUCUGGAGCUUUCAGCUCCCCUCCUCCCUGCAUCGUGGACACCUCCGAUUUACAGUAGCUUCCUUGGGCAAACGUUGGGGAAAAAACAUGGGCUUCGAAGGAGGUUAUGAGCGGCGCUGCUGACAUUUCAACCGCAUCUUUCCGGAGAUUAAAAAAAAAUCAAUGGGCUAUGACCUGUUGCUGUAGAGCGACCCUUUGAGAGAUGGACUUGGCAGAAGUUCUUGUGGCGCUGUUCAUCGCUGUGGUGCUGAUUGUCUCCUUGUUGUCCAACCUGUUGGUCUUGAUAUGCUUCAUCUACAGCUCCGACAUCCGCAAGCAAGUGCCGGGCAUAUUUAUAGUUAACUUGUCUUUUUGCAACCUGCUUCUCACCGUCCUGAAUAUGCCAGCUACACUGCUGGGGAUUGUCAAAAAACAGCAGCCAUUUGACGACUGCAUCUGUCAAACAAUUGGCUUUGUGGAGACAUUCCUCAGCACCAACACUAUGCUGAGCAUGGCCGCUUUAAGCAUCGAUAAGUGGAUUGCUGUUGUGUUCCCCUUAAGCUACGCCAGUAAGAUGAGGUAUAAGGAUGCUGUGCUCAUGAUGAGCUAUACUUGGGCCCACUCUCUCACUUUCCCGGUCGUGGCGGUUUUCUUUCGCUGGGUCGGCUUCAAUAGCAGAUACGCCUCGUGUACCCUGCAUCUGCGAGAGGAGAUGCACAGGAGACAGUUUACAGUCUUCACCAUAGUCUUUCACGCCAUCAGCUUUAUGCUUUCCCUCGUUAUACUGUGCUUUACAUAUCUGAAAGUCUUGAAGGUUGCCCGCUUUCAUUGCAGAAGAAUAGACAUUAUCACCAUGCAGACCUUGGUUUUACUGGUGGACAUCCACCCCAGUGUCAAACAGCGUUGCCUCGCGGAGCAGAAAAGUAGAAGACAGCGGGCAACCAAGAAGAUCAGCAUUUUUAUAGGGUCGUUUAUUGUCUGUUUUGCUCCAUAUAUCAUAACCAGGUUGAUAGAACUACUUCCCUUUGUCACCAUUAACUACUACUGGGGAGUUCUGAGUAAGUGCCUCGCCUACUCCAAAGCUGCUUCGGAUCCUUUCGUAUAUUCGCUGCUGCGCCAACAAUACAAGAAAGUCCUGGUCAACAUAGUCAACCGGAUACUCAGAAAGGAUUUCUACCCGUCCUCUGGCCACAACAGUUCCCUGGACACAGAGAACGAUUACUGCCUGCAGAGGGUCUGAGCCGCGCCUUGAACUCUCCCCUCGCCCCAAUUGUAAGUGAAAGCUCCGCCAAAUCCGAGAAGACUACAUGCACUUUCUGACCAUUCCAGUGUUAGGAGGGACACUAUAAGAGCCAAAGGCAAAUCCGUCUUUUUAUGAUAUGAAAUAUUUUAUUGAAAGAAUGUAUUAUGGUUCGAGUUUCUGUCGUUUAUCCGUAAAUAUUUGUAUUUUCGCAGUUUUGUGCAAAUUAUUAUCAAGCUUGAGUAUUUAUAUAUAUAGAGAGAGAGAGGUGUUCACACUGUAUCUCUUAAACUUUGUUAAGGCUUUCUAUAGAGCGGUUAGAAAAUGAAGAAUAAGAUGUCAUUUAGUAACUAUGUGCCAAAAUAAAAAGUUAAAGCAUCCUGUUUGAAGCAGCAAGCAACAAAGCGGAUCCACGUUAAAGAUGGAGACAACUCCAACAAAUCAUUUGUGUUCAACGGUAUUCCCAACGUGCGCUCAAAACCCGCCGAUUUAGAGUAGAUUUCCGGGCGGAACCCGCUGUGAGAUUAGUACUAAACUUGUUGAACCUUCGAUGUGACAGAUGAUUGAAACAAUAAAAAAAACAAACGUUUCACGGGA